AUGAACUACACAGGAACUAUCAGCUUUAAAGGCAGUGGUAUCUCAGCCACGAUGAAUCAGAAACAGAAUACGGAUAUCAUUUUUACUAAUUUUGAACCUAAAAUGGCCAGAAGGGCCUUUCCAUGUUUUGAUGAACCAGGAAUCAAGGCAGUUUUCCAAGUAACAGUUGUGAGGAAAUCCAACUUGACAUCAAUUUCAAAUAUGGUGCUUGAGAAACAAUUUAAUAGGAGUAAUGACAUGGUUGCUGACGUCUACAAACCCACUCCAAUGAUGUCCACAUAUCUGUUGGCUUUUGUUAUCUAUCUGUUUCCUAUUGAUAAUUUUCCCCAUGCUGGAAUGGAAAAUUGGGGGUUGAUACUGUUGUCCACCAGGUACAUGCUGUUCAACCCAAACAAAGUCUCAGCUGCAAAAGAAGCCCAAUACUUGACUACAAUUGUACAUGAAAUUGUCCACCAGUGGAUUGGUAAUCUUGUGACGGUGGAUGACUGGAAAUACAUUUGGAUGACUGAAGGAUUAACAGAGUACUUGAGUCUUCGAGAAAUUAGGAAAAUUCAUUCUUCUUUCAAGGGAGAUAAAAACCAGUUGUACCAAGCAAGGCUUAAAGCCUUGGACAACAAACAAAGUUCCUUGUCAUAUUCACUAAGUUCAUCAUCUUUUUCAACACUGGCCUAUGAAGAAAGUGCCAUGUUGUUUAUGAUGUUGGAUUCAAUGUUAGGAGAAGCAAAUUUUAAUGCUGCUAUUAAGUUAUUUUUGAUGAAGUAUAAGCAAAGUAGUUUCCAGGAAGAUGAGUUUUGGAAUUGUAUGUCAGCUUCUACAAAUAUAAGUGUUCGGGAAUUCAUGAAGCCCUGGGUGCUGCAGAAAUACUAUCCUUUGCUGACAGCUACCAAAAAUAAUUCCAGUAUGAAUUUAGUCAUUAAACAAGAACCAUUCCUUAUUUUCUCAGUUUUAAAAAUGACUGAAAAAAAAGAUAAAAGUUGGCCAAUUCCUUAUACGUUUAUGGAAUAUUCAAAAUCUCAUCCAAAGUCAUCUCCACUUCACUACUUAGAUGAACAAGAAACCAAGAUUCCAAGUGUCCAGUCUGAGUGGUUCAUAGUCAAUAUAAACAGUUCUGGAUUUUACAGAGUCAAUUAUGACACUCAGAAUUGGCAGAACCUCAUUAAGCAACUCAAUACAGAUCAUAAAGUUAUAUCAGCUGUUGACCGGGCUACCCUUAUAUCUGAUGCUUGGGCAUUAACAAGAGCCAAACUUAUAAAACCAGAAAUAUUUGUCAGUUUGAUUGACUACAUGGAUAAAGAAAAUUCCUACAUUCCAUGGAUAGCAUUUUCAAAGAUAUUUGAUGAGUUUUAUUAUUUGUCACAAGAAUCAGAAGAAAUGCCAAUCUAUUUAAAUUAUUUCCAACAGAAAAUCAAGGAAAUUUACCAAAGAAUUGGUUGGGAAAGUGAAACAGCCAUGACAUUUGAGGAAAGAAUUCUCCAAGGAGUAAUUAUCAAUCUGGCCUGUCAUGUGGAAUAUCCUCAUUGUAUUUCCAAAGCAGUUCACCUAUAUCGCAGAUGGAAGAAAAACCCAGACGAAUACAGCAUCAACCCAAAUUACCGAUUUAUUAUACUUUGUGCUGGAAUCAGAGAAGGAAACAGAAGAGAUUGUGAAUUCCUGAAUCAGCGUCUUGAAACUGGAGAUGCUUCUGAAAAUUUUGACAUUCGUAUGGCUCUUACAUGUGCAAAUCAACCAUGGAUACUUAAAAGAGACAUGUCAGUCCCUUGUGUUACUGUUGCGAAAUCAGUCACAGAUUUGGUAGACUAUGACAUUUUGCAUUUGAAAGAUGCCAAAUACAUUUCAGAUUCAUAUCGUGAUCAUUUGUUUGAAAUUAAUUUCUUGAAAGAGAGUUGGGUAACUGACUCUAUGCCAGCUGGAGCUAAAUGGCUAAAGAAACGCUUAAAAAAAACUACUAUUACAAAUUGGAGACUACCAAAUGAUCUGAAACCAAUGCACUACAUUAUAGAAUUGAAACCAGAUAUUUACUUAGAGAAUGCGACUGAUUUUUACUCAGAAGGCUGGGUCAAAAUUGAAAUAGCUUGCUUAAACUCUACACAGAAUAUUCUGCUUCAUUCGCAAAUGCUCAACAUUUCAAAUAUUUCUGUGGUUGUUGCAUCGGAAGUCAUCCCUGUGUUGGAAACAUCUUAUGAUGAUGGAAACGAGAUGCUGACCAUCAGUCUUGCAAAAGAGAUCAAAGAAAGUUCAAACGUAACUUUGAAAAUGGAAUUUCGCGGACCAAUCAAAAACGACCUGAUGGGUCUUUACUACAGUACUUAUAAGAAAGGGGAAAAAACAAUAUAUUUAGCAACAACUCAAUUUGAGCCAACCAGUGCUCGAAAAGCCUUUCCUUGUUUUGAUGAACCCCAAAUGAAAGCCACAUAUGAUGUGAUAUUGUUAAGGAAGUCCAAUUAUAAAUCCAUUUCAAACAUGCCAAUAAAGUAUUCUGAAAACAGGUCAGAUGAUUAUAUCGCUGAUUUCUACGAAACAACUCCAAUCAUGUCCACAUAUCUUCUUGCUUUUAUUGUUUGUGAUUUUGUACGGGAAACAAAAAUAACCAAAUUUAAUACUGAAGUUGGUAUCUGGACCAAAAAUUCUUCUGUCUCACAUAAUAAACUGGCUCUUAACAGUUCUGUUAUCAUUUUGGAGCAUUAUGCAGAGGUUUUUGAUUAUCCCUACCCAUUACCAAAAGAAGAUCUCAUUGCCAUUCCGGACUUUGCUUAUGGAGCUAUGGAAAACUGGGGUCUUAUAACAUAUCGUGAAGUUGCUCUACUCUAUGAUAGCAACUACCCUUCCAUCAAACAAGAGCAAUAUGUUGUCUUGGUUGUGGCACAUGAAUUAGCUCAUCAGUGGUUUGGCAAUUUAGUGACCAUGUGUUGGUGGAAUGAUAUUUGGUUAAAUGAAGGUUUUGCAACUUUUGUUGAAUAUAUUGGUAUGAAUUAUUUUCGACCUGAAUGGAAAAUUUUUGAUUAUUUUGUUGUUGACGUUGUUCAAAGAGCACUGAAGGCAGAUGGAUCUCUGAGUUCCCACCCUCUUGAUGUUCCAAGUGGACACAGUAUUGCAUUAGAUGACAUCAGUUACCAAAAGGGAGCAUCAGUUAUCCGAAUGAUGGAAUUUUUCCUUGGUGACAGCCUUUUUAAAAAAGGAUUGCAGCGUUACAUUAGAAAACAUGUAUAUGGCAAUGCAGCUAACAAAGAUCUGUGGGCAGCUUUCACUGAGGAAGCCAUUGCACAAAAUGAAACCAAUCUGGAUGUUGGUAAUAUCAUGAAAGAAUGGAUUAUGGAAAUGAACUACCCAGUUAUUUUUGUAAAAUGGCAGGGCUCAAAUAUUGUGAUAAGCCAGAAAAGAUUCCUGUUUGAGAAAAACACACACAAUUGCAAAAACCUUAAACAUGUAAUUUGGAAAGUUCCUUUCACGUUCACAACAAGCAAAGAUCUUAACUUUGAGAAAACUUCCCGGGACAUUGAAUGGUUGCUUGUAACUGAGAAAAUCAUUCCAGUUAAUCAUACAAAAGGAAAUGAUGACUGGAUCUUGGGAAAUACGUACCAGAGAGGAUUCUAUCGAGUCAAUUACGAAAAGGAAAAUUGGCAAAAACUCAUACAAUUACUUCUAACAAAUCACACGAAAAUUCCACCUGCAAACAGGGCACAAAUAAUUGAUGAUGCCUGGAGUUUGGCAGAGGCUGAAAUGCUGGAUGAUUAUAUUGCAUUGGAUGUUCUAAACUAUCUUCAGUAUGAACGUGAUGAUGUUCCAAUGACUGCAGCAUACAAACAAGUAAUGUUUGUAAGAACUAUGUUCUAUGAGAAAGCAGAUUAUGGAUGCUUUGAGGAAUACAUGCAACAUAUUCUUCGACCUUCUUUCUCCUAUGUAAGAUACAGGAACAACACCUUGUUUCAGAGCACAAUUUUUGCCAUGGCUUGUAAGUUUAACCUUCCAGAAUGCAUCAGUUUAGUAAACAAUUAUUUUCAAGAUUGGAAAGUUGCAAUAAGAAACAACCAAUCAAAUCCGCUGAAGAACGAUGACAUUAUGUUUACUGUGUUUUGUACUGGAGUCUAUUUUGGUAACAAAGACGAUUGGUUUUUGAUCUAUACAACUUAUUUAAAUACAAAUGAUGCAGCAGAAAGGAGACGCUUAAUAUAUGCACUUGGGUGCACACAGAAAUUAUGGCUGUUGCAAACUUUCUUAAAGGCAGCCAUUGAAAUGAAAGACUUCCGAAGACAAGAUUUCCGAGACGUUGCCUAUGCAAUCAGCAGAAAUCCAGCUGGCAAGAACCUUCUUUGGAAAUAUGUACAGAAAAACUGGGAUGAAUUAGUAGAUAACCAUGGUCAAAGCAUCCUUUUACCUUCAAUGAUUAAGGCAGCAACAAUGUCAUUUAAUAAUCAAUACCAAUUAGAAGAGCUUGAAUAUUUUAUGGACAAUCGUCCAAUGCUGGGUGUUGGCAAAGAAGCUUUUGAAAGUGCUCUAGACAAGACGAGGGUUAACAUUCGGUGGAUGGCUCGUAAUGAGAAGGUCAUCAAGACAUGGCUACACAAGCAAAAUUUUACUAAAAGAAUAUGUACUCCUGUAUAA